UUUUCCUUUACUGUCCCUUUAAAUUAACGGAAAAAAUAUUUUGAUCAAUUUUGAGAAGAGAAAUGCUCUUUUUAAUAAACCUCAAAUUCGAAAUAAUAGUUUAAAAUGUCAUUCUGGUCCCGACUUCAUACAACCUACAAAUUUACUUAAGAAUGACCUUGCAAAAUGAUGCGACCUAAAAUGACUUAACCUGACCAAAAAUGACCUUAUAGAUUAAGGUCGUUUAAGGUCGGUUAAGGUCAUCCAACCUAGCUCGACCUAAAAUGACCUUAAUCAACGUUGCCUAAGGUCGUUUAAGGUUGGUUAAGGUCAUCCGACCUAGCUCGACCUAAUUCAGACCUAAAACAACCUAGAUUUAAGGUCGGUGGUUUGCGGGGCACAUUAGGCGGGGGUCUAAUUUAGAUACAAAAUAUAUGUAUCCCACUCGUCCCUUUCAUCCUCUUAAACCACUUAUAGACAAUCGUCUGGUGCAUAACAUCUCCAUCAAAUGCAAAGAUUUGUAACUUUUAUCGCUCACCUUUAUGUCAAACCGUCCCUGAGAGCUGAUCAACCUCCGGCCCAGAAUGUGAUAAAUCAAAUAAGUUCACUUCAUCACAGUUCUUGGUCGGGAAGGGUGGUUGAAGUAAGGAAUGUUCAAAGAGCUGGUCUGUUUUCUGGUUUUUUAUUGGGUUAUUCAGUCAGACUCUCUCUUCAUUCAUCCACUUCUGGCGCAAGAAAAUGUUAAUAUCCAGAUAAGAAACCAAUUACACCAAAGUCAAGAAGAACACAGGGAAAAUGGUGAACAGGAAACAUCUCAGAUUUCUGCACUGGAGACCUAUGGAACCAGGAUGGGACAAAAAACAACAAAGAUAAAACAGACAAAUGAUGCUAAAAUGAAAUAUUUUCCCUUUACAAUGAUUGAUCCUCGGUCACUCAGAUCAUUUCAAAGCAUCCAAGAAAUGACACAUCACCGUAACCUUCGAUCUCUAUCCUCUAAUGAGCUUGGCAUUGAAUUCUCAAUCAGUGGACCUCUGAUGAUGGAAAACAAUGAGGUUGGUGAGGAAGACGUAGCUGAUGAAUUCAGGACGAAAAGUUUCAGAUUGAUUAGGAAACGUGGAGGAAACUUUUGAAUCAAGAAAUUAGAACAGAAUUCAUGUUAUAACUUUUGUUGGUUUUCUGGUUAAAAUCUCUGACGAUAUUUUUACGUAAAAACUUCUGAUGUUUUGUGGUGGAAACUUUAGAUGUUUUGCGUAAACUUCUAAUUAUGGGAUGGACACUUGAAGGAGUCUAGACAGACAGAAUACUUUGAAGAUUUGAUUAGCCCUGUUGGUUCAAAUUGCAGUACAAGUAAAUAAAUAUUAUUAUUGUUCAAUCAAUGUACGCUUCUUGAAAUUUUUUUUUUACCACUUAAAACUGUUCCAACAGGAUAGCUGGAUCCUCAGGUGCGCUGCUAGAUCAUAUUGUUACAAAAAUUGCUAAUGAUGCUUAUGAUUCAGGAAUCAUCCUUUCAGAUAUUUCUGGUCAUUUCCCUGUUUUUUAUAUUCGUCAUUCUGCAAAAGUCUGCGAAAGUUAAUCAUGUAAAAAGAUUUUGAAAAUUUGAUGCUCCUUCUAUUUCAAGGUUUAAAACAAUGC